AUGUCUAAACUCCUCACCGUCUACGCCAUAGGCGGGGGCAUGCUCGGUCUUACGCUCAUUUUGACUGUGUUUGCCCAGUGCUUCUGGCAGACUUCUCAAGGAGACGUAUUUGACUGGAAUUCAGUGGAAGCGACCUCGACAUUCCGGUGGCAGAGGUGCUACAAACAUUAUCAAUGCACGCGUCUGAAGGUACCGAUGAACUACACAAACCCGAGCAGUGGUUGGGCAGGAUUGGCAAUUAUUCGUGUUCCAUCUCUGUUUCCUACGACGUCGCCCUCAUAUCAGGGACCGCUCAUCAUCAAUCCCGGUGGGCCUGGUGGUAGCGGAGUUAGUCUGAUUUUGAGAAGUGGGAUUCACUUCUCUACAAUUCUUGACGGUCGGUUUGACAUCAUAGGCUUGGACCCCCGCGGGAUUGGACGGUCAAACCCUCGGGUCAAGUUCUUCAGGACAUACUCAGAGCAGGCCCUUUGGCUGGAUGGCGAAUAUCCGGACGCUUUAAACUCCUCAACCCAGGUUUUGCCACGCAGCAUAGCUCGGGCUCAGCUCAUGGGACACUUGGCCGAAGAUCAAGACGACGGAACGCUUGGACACAUCACCACGGAGAAUAUCGCUCGCGACAUGCUGAGUAUUGCGCGAGCCAAUGGCGAUGACAAGUUGCAGUACUGGGGCUUUUCAUGGGGAACCAUUCUUGGCGUCGUGUUUGCGACGCUAUUCCCCGAUCAUGUAGGACGCAUGGUAUUGGAUGGUGUCAUUGACGCCGAGGAUUACUACGCAACGCUAUGGUCAAACAACUUGCUUGAUACGAACAAGACUCUCCAACACUUCUUCCAGGCUUGUGUAGACGCUGGCCCAACCGAUUGUGCGUUCUACGCUCCCAAUGCCACCGAAAUCGCCUACAAUCUAGAUCGACUGUAUGACGUGGUGAAGGCCCAACCAGUUCCAGUGUACCAAGGUAGAACCUACGGGUUGGUCGACUAUUCCCUGCUGAGACGAGCGGUCUUCACUGCGCUCUAUUCCCCCUUCACUAUGUUUGAGCCCUUGGCCCAAGGACUGGCUGACCUACAAGCAGGAAACGGCGACGCCAUCUAUUCUCUAGUGAACAGGCCUCGAUUCGAGUGCGGGGACGCCGAGGACUACCAAUAUUCCAAUCAAUAUGAAUCAGGAACGGCGCUGCAUUGUCUAGAUGGCGACGAAGUACACGAUACUCCGGCAGAGCUUCGACGUUUCUACGAGAAGAUGACUGAGUACACAACCCUCGCAGAAUUAUGGGCCGUCCGGAUGGCGCGUAAGAACGAAGAGGACACUCCCAACGAAGUUUGGGGGAAGGACAAGCUCACCACUAUUGCUUGUCAGUAA